AUAGGCGGGGGCGUAAAGUCCUUCCCACCAACUCAGCCUGUCCAACAUGACCCAACGGGCCCUUGGAAGAGAAACAGGGAAACACCCCUCUGACUCCUGCGGAAAACCUUCCACGCUUUGGUGCAAGUUUGUGCAGAAAGUUAUCUUUGCUGCAGUCUCCUGAUCCGGGGCUGGGGAAGAGUUUUAGAGUGCUGCAGAAGAAAAUACAGCACCAGUUCUCAGCGUGCCUGGCUGGAGAGUAUAACUAUCUGACCCGGGGACUGUUUUAUUGCGGCAAAUAAACGUUGUCCGGAGCACAGCGCUGCCUUGUUCACAGAAAAGAAAGCAGAGUGAGUCGGUGUAAGGGGAACCCCGAUGUUACGUGCAGCCAGCGCUUCGCUUCCCCAACCCGCCUCCGGCAAGUUUACUUUGCACGUGUGAUGCGCUCUACCUUCGGCCAAUGAGUUUCGGGAAACAAGGGCGCAGGUAAGUUUCAUCAGUUGCUCCUUGCAAAACAACAACAGCCGCGGAUGAAGCCUCGAGAGCCGAAAAGUUGCUGCGCGGGGUGAUCGUUCCGAUCCGAAGAAGGGAGCCUUGCACGAAGGCUUAAAACAGUCUCCUAGAAUUGGGCGAGCGCCCCACCUCGCUCCCUCCGCUCCUCUUGGUGUAGCGUAGAGAUCACCAGAGUUGAGGGAUUUGGCAGACGGAGGCAUUUGGCAGAUUUUACGUAUGGUCUUCAUGAAUCUCAUACAUUUUGAGUCACUUUGCACUUUCCUGCUUUCCCAAGUAUUUAUAUCAUGGAGUAUCCAAGAGCUACAAGUCAGUCAAGAAGUAAUUGAGAAGAUUUCAGCUGCUUCCCAAUUCAUGAAUUGCUCUGCUCCAGUCGAUAUCUUAUUUCUGUUAGAUGGAUCCUAUAGCAUUGGCAAAGCAAGCUUUGAAAGGUCAAAAUAUCUGACAAUCAAGCUUUGUGAUACAUUGGACAUCAGCCCAGAAAAGGUUAGAGUUGGAGCAAUACAAUUCAGCAACACUCCUCGCUUGGAAUUCCCAUUGGAUGCAUAUUUCACUAAGCAUGAGAUAAAAGAUCAACUCAAGAAGAUUGUGUUCAAAGGUGGGCGAACAGAAACAGGUCUUGCUCUGAAAUACAUUCUUCAACAAGGAUUCCGUGGAGGCAGGAACUCAUCAGUUUCCCAAAUCCUUAUAAUUUUAACUGAUGGGAGAUCUCAGGACAAUGUGUCAACCUUAGCCCAGCAGAUUAAAGAAAGGGGGAUUGCAGUAUUUGCAAUUGGAGUCAACUUCCCAAGGUGGGAAGAAUUGUAUGCACUAGCAAGUGAGCCAGUGGAACACUAUACACUGUUUGCAGAAGACACUGAUGAUGCCUCCAAUGGGCUUUAUACCAUGUUUACACUCUCUGAUAUCUGCAAUGCUGCAUUUCCGGGUUGCAGGGCUGAAUCUCAUCCCUGUGAACGCAAAACACUUGAGCGAGUAAAAGAACUGGUUGGAAAUUAUUUCUGUUGGAAAGGAUCUCAAAGCAGUAAUACUGUACGCAAAUCACUCUGCCCUUUCUACAAAUGGAGAAACAUUUUCAUCAAAUAUCCAUCUACAUGCUAUCGAACCAUAUGCUCAGAUCCUUGUGAUUCAUAUCCUUGCCAGAACGGAGGCACUUGCAUUCAACAGGGAUUAGAAGCCUACCACUGUGUCUGUCCAGUGGAAUUUGGAGGAGAUUCCAACUGUGCACCAAAUAUAAAUCUGGAAUGCAGUGUGGACCUUCUUUUUUUGGUGGAUAGUUCAUCUAGCACUACUCUUGAAGGCUUCUUGCAUUAUAAAGCUUUCCUGAAAAGUUUUCUCCAUGAAAUGUGGGAUACAGAAACUAUUGGAAAUGUGGCCCUGGCUCAUUAUAGCAAUGAUGUCAAGAUGAUUGUCCAAAUUGGGGAUUACAGAGAUAUGUUCAGUCUGGUGAAGAUCAUUGAUUCCAUGGAGUUCAAUGGAGGAAACACUUUGACUGGCAAAGCUUUACAAUUUAUUACACAACAUGGCUUUAAGCGUGCACCAGUCUUUGCUGAUGUUCCUGAAGAUCUUCCCCAUGUUGUCGUAUUGCUCACAGAUUCAAAAGCUGAGGAUUCAGUGGUAGAAGCAGCUAAGUUUAGUAGGAAACAAGGUAUUUCUAUUAUUACAAUUGGCAGUGAAUUUUUAAGAAGAGAACUGGAGGAGAUUACAGGGAAUCCAAAGCGGACCAUUAUCUACUCCACCACUCAAGAGCUAGUCAAUAAAAUUACUGAAUUACAGAGAAAAAUCUGCAGCAUCGAUAGCCAAGGCUGCCUAUCUCAGCCCCUGGAUUUGGUUUUUGCUCUGGAUUCCUCAACUUCAACUGGAAGGUUUAACUUUGCCCAGAUGAAAAACUUUGUCAGCAGCUUCUCUUCCCAGUUUGGCAUCAAUAGGGAUGUAACACAAGUCAGCCUUGUUGUCUUUGGUAAAAGGCCUCAAACAGUAUUUGGACUGGAUACACAUGUUACUAGUUCAGCUCUUCAGGAAGCCAUCAAACAAGCUCCCUUUACAGGUGGCUCUGCCUCAGUUGGAAGUGCCUUGCUUCAUAUUCAUGAUGAUGUCACAGUUGUCCAAAAAGGAGCAAGGCCUGGUGUGAAAAAAGUUGUGGUAGUACUCACAAGCGGAGCUGGCAUGGAGGAUGCCGUAGUCCCUGCCCAACAGCUACGCAGUAAUGAUGUAUCACUUCUUAUCAUUGUGACAGAACAUGUACAAAUGGACUUGUUGUUGAGGAUUGCAGGCUCUUCUAACAAUUUGGUGAGAAUUUCUUCUUACGAAGAUCUCAGACAUAGCGACGACUUUAUCAUGGAAAAAUUGUGUGAUGAAGCCAAAAUGCCAGUAAAUAUCUGUAAACCUAACCCCUGCAUGAAUUAUGGAAUUUGUAUUCCUAAAAAUGGCAACUACUGGUGUCAAUGCCAAGGCUGGGAAGGACCGCAUUGUGAAAACAGAAUUCGAAGCAGUGACACUUCACAAUCAUGGAAACAUCCUGCAAUGAUCCAUACUCAUCUAAAUUGAGAUGAUUGGGGCUGCUAUACAGAAUUCACCAGUAUUUUAAAAAAAAAAGACACAUGGACUAGAUGCUAAAACAGACAAAAUAACUUUUACCUUUAGUUACUGAAAUCAUACAUAUCAGGAAAGCAAAAUAUACAUUUACAAGCAGUAUGCUGUUUCUAAGCACAAAAGUUUUGCACAAAAAUAUCUUAUUGUAAUCAAAAAUAAGGUGACUAAUAAUCUUACAUACUUUUAUAUUGCAUAUUUAUGUUGAUAUACUAUUUUUUCAACAUUACCUCUAUAUAAUGAUUGCCAUAAAUCCAAGGUUUAACAACAGAACAACUUGACAAGCUCUGACAUGGCUUACAAAAGCUAUACUUACGUUGCUAGAUACAACUAUAACAAGUGAGAAGCUUUCAUACACAAUACUUACCCAGAUUUGAUCACUGAAGACUGAUUUUGUGAAACCUGAGUUUAUUUCCAAAUAUACAGGAUGAAUACAAUUAAGGCACAUUUUAGCCUUUUAAUGACCUCCAGAUCUACUGGUUUAUAUAGGAUUUUAUAGAUUGGCAAGCCCACCAUCAGUCACCAAAGAUAAUGGCUUGUAUCCAUUGUUUUACAUGGAUGGUCUAUUCUUUCCUCCCAAUUCCAACUGCAAUUCCUUUAGUUUUUGUCCUUUAAUUGGAAAGUUCUAUCCCUUUGACCAAAGCCUGAAUAAAAUAAAUUCCCAUUUCCAACCAUUUUUUUAGCAUUUUGGGGACGUGCCAAGUUUACUAUUAACUGCAAAAGGAAGUAUCUGUAGUUACUGCUAUUUUUUUCUUAUGGUUUUAUUAAUCAAGUCCUAUGAUUUUAUAAAAAGUAUCAUCUGCCAUCUAAUUAAUCAGAGAAGAAGGAUUGUAGUGUCCCAAAAGCCCUCUGGAUAAACAAGAGUUUGCCUUGUGUUAUAAUGGAAGAGAUUGUUCAAUGCUGGCAUGCUGAAAUUGCAGCUAAGAGAACAAAUAUUAACAGUGCAACAUUGCUGUAGUACAAACGGAAACAUACAUGAGAAGCAAACUAGCUACCAAAUGUGUGAAUUUACCGAUUAUGCCUCAAUUCAAUGAAACAAACUAUUCAUCUAGAUGAGUGCACAGUCUUUUUUUACUUUUGCUUAUCAUCUUUUAUCUCCAAGAUAACAAAGAAAUUCCAUUUAUGUUAUAUCGCAUCCUAUAAUGGUAUUCUGGUGGAGGAAAAGGAAGCAGAAUGUAUAGUUAACGAUACUCGUAAUAGGUAUUAUACGUUUUAGUUCUCCAUAUGCAAAACAAAGUGCCUUUAUGCAGCUGUGAACGCUAAUUGUUUAGCUAUCUUGAAAUUUGUUUUAUAAUAUAAACUAGGUAUACUAUGUCUUGGUUGUGAAAUUUGGACAACCACUAAUGGCAGCAAAGAGAUAAAUACAGAAGACUAUUUUUAUGCUGCUAUCUAGAGAUAAUCUUAUUUUUUUCAGCUCAAAUAUGAUCUCCCUGGAUUCUAUAAAUGUUUCCACAACUGAAGAUACUGAACUAUAGUUAAAGUAAAGACCAAAAGCCAGAAUUUAUACAAGUUAUGAUGAGAACUCAGAGAUGAUUAUCUAAUCUAGCUUUUUUUGUUAUAUAGUAAUACAAAACUGAUUUGAAGUAACUCUCAAACAUAAAAAUAUGGAUAUAGCACCAUUUCACUGUUGCUUUCUAGCAAUUGAUAUAUAAAAUACACUAUCUAUGAAGCCAGAGAUGGUAGAGUACAGUGGAAUGGUGGUAACAUUGAUAGACACAUUAUAAAUUUGUCUGUUCCCAUUUUUAAAUUAUCUAAGUUGCUGGCUUCCACCCACAUCCAAAAUUAUAGUAAAUCAAUCCAUUUUUAUUUAUGAUGGCUGGCAAAUAAAGAUGAGAUUAAAAAGGGGAAAAAAGAAAGUCAAAAUAAAUGGGCCAGUUUAGCUCAGGCUGGUAAGGCCUGUUAUUAAGAACACAAAGCCUGCAAUUACUGCAGGUUCGAGCCCAGCCCAAGGUUGACUCAGCCUUCCAUCCUUUAUAAGGUAGGUAAAAUGAGGACCCAGAUUGUUGGGGGGGCAAUAAGUUGACUUUGUAAAAAUAUACAAAUAGAAUGAGACUAUUGCCUUAUACACUGUAAGCCGCCCUGAGUCUUCGGAGAAGGGCGGGGUAUAAAUGUAAACAAAAAAAAAUAAAAUAAAAAUAAAAAUAAAUAAGCCUUUAUAAGAAUCCCUCUGAAAUCUUACUGUGAGUUCCCUGCCAAAGUUGUGAGGUGCUAGAUUACAAAGCUCUCUUACAUUGUGGGUCAUAUAAAAACCUAAUCAGUGAGUAGGCAUUCAACAUGGUAAUUGGCUGAUUCUCCAGGUAUUGCUGAUAGAAGGAAAAAAAAUAUGAUCCUGAUGCAAUCUUGCAUUAAACUGCUGUAUAAAAGAACAUACAUUAUUGAUUCUACUUCUUGUGUGCUACAAGAGCAGAAAUGGAGAGCCAUAGGAAGUCUAUAAUAUUUCUCCUUAGUGCUGAAAGAACAGCUUUGAUAGUUGAUAGUUUGAUAGUAGGAUGUAGGAACCGUGCCUCUUUGAUUCAUUCUUUUUGGUACUUCAGAAAAAAUGGGCAAAGUAUCACUGGAAACAGUACACCCAGUGGGCUGAUAAGUUUGAGCCAAUAACUGAAUUGUUGGAGGCAAUACGCUGACUCUGUAAACCGCUUAAAGCACUAUGAAGUGGUAUAUAAGACUAAAUGCUAUUGCUAUUACUAGCCAGAUUCCUUACUCUAAUCUGCCUUCCUCCAAGCCUAAGAGAUGCAUUUCAGAUACAUUUGAAGUAUCACACCUCAAAAACUUAUUUUUACACAUCUUGAUUGAACACAUCCCAAGAGAUUAAAGCUAGAAUAUGGUCCCUUAGCUGCCCCAGUUAAAAGUUAUGCUAAAGCUUUUGCCUGAUAAAAUGUAGUGACUUCAGUACCAAAUUCCCUAAUUUCACUGAAGAAUACUCAGAAAGUGAUCAAGUUAAGAAAGGCUGGUUUAGUGCGAAACAUAAAUGUGGGUGAUAUAGAAUUAGAGCAGUGAUGGGAAGGGAUGGUGAGAAAGUCUGUAUUACGAACAUUAUUUGGCAAGAAAUCCUUCAGGAAGGCAAGUUAUUUUGUAACUGCUACCAAUCUAUUUUAGAGCUCCCUAGAUAAUAGUUUGCUAUCUAACCCUGCAAUCCUAUAUGUGUCUGCUCCAAAGUAAAUCCCAUCAGUGUAGGUUUACUCAUCAGUCUAAGUUAGCUAAGCAGUGUAUCCAUCUGGCAAGCUUUUUUUUAAUUAUAGAAAUAGCAUUAUUCAUAAAAGUCUGUAUCUUUUUUUUACAAGCAAGCCAAUGAAGAUUUUAUAUUGUUCAGAAAUGUACAAAUGCAGCUGCUAAGCUUUCAGGGGUUCUUUUCUGCUGAUUCUGAACGUGUUUCUCUUCUCCACUUACUGUAUUUCCCUUAUGUGGGAAUAAAAGGAGUACAUAGAGUCAUUUUUGCUUGAAUAACCAGUUUGCAGAUCAAAAGCAUCAGCAAUUCAUGUUGGUAUGUUUAAUAAAUAUUUAACAUGCUGCAGUCAUUUGAUAUGUGGGUCCACUGUGUGGUAAGACAACAUAAAUUGCUUUUUUAAAAAUAUGCUGAUGAGUGAUAAUAACAUUAGGAGUGAAUACAAAGAAGCUGGAGCGGAGAGAAAACUGGUCUGAGCUCUAAGCCAACAAAAAUUUAUUUCUUGUAGGAAUACUCAUUUCAUACCUAUUCCCUCUGUGUCUCACUAGAGACACAGUGCUGCCGUUUCCUCCAACUGUAUUCCUCAAAUUCUGAUUAAAAACGGCGAGCAUUAAUGAAUUGAAGCAGGUUCCUGUUUACCUGAAAUGAGGAGGUGGCACGUUUUCUGUCUAUUGCGUGUUGGUGUGGCAAACAAAGCUUUCAUGUCACAGAGGUGAGGGCUGACUACUUAAGAGUAGGACAUGUUAGCACAGGUUAUGUAGCUUCCAUGGAGCCAAUAAAAGGGAGCAAAAUAUGAGGUGGGGAAUAGCACUCUCCUUAAUGGUUGGGCUGCACAAUGAAAUGCAUUCCAGGUCAAAACGAUUCUCAGGAUACUAUGGUUAUAGGUAGGCCUUGCUUAACAACUUAGAUUAUGAUGGACUCCCCCAGAAGGAAUUUAUGACCUGAUUCCUAAGUUCUGACAGCCACACACACUCCCUGUUGCCACAAAAUCACAUUAAGGCGUUUAGCAACUGGCUUGCAUUUACAGUUGUUUUCAGCAUCCUGUGGUCACAUGAUAAUGUUAUAAUCACAUGAUAAUGAUUUAUUCAUUCAUUUUUCUAAUUUCUGGCAUUUAUUUCCCUUUUCUGGUUAAAAAAAGCCCCACCCUUUGAAUAAAAAGGAUUUGUUUAAUAACUGCCAUAUUCACUUAACCACCAUUGCUUUUGCUUCACUAUUACUGCAAAAAAGUCAUAAAAUCGGAUAUAGUCACAUGGUGACUUACUUAACAACCCAAUGACUUUAACUCCCAGGAUACCUCAGCCAACUUAGCUCAACUUCAAUUCUAGAAGUUGAAGCCCUGAAAUCUUAAGGUUGUCAAGGUUAAGAAACAGAUUUAGAAGCUUAUUAGUAUUUUUUUAAAUAAUGUACAGAUCACAGACAUAAACAUUUCCAAAGAGAGAAUUCUGGUUAGAUUUCCAAGGGAACACAAUAUUUCAAAAAAUGAAAAACCUACCUGCAGGGAACACUUCUGGGUUACCAAUACAGAAUAUAUACGCACUAGAUAAAUAUAUCUUUCCCAUCCAUCCACUCCUUUUACUGUGCAACAUGCUUAUAUUCCAUGAUUAAUAAAUGCAAUUGAUUUACGGAGAUCAAAUCCCCAACAAAUUGCAUUAGAUUGUCUCAAAGAACAUUGAGACAAACUUUUCUCAGCUGAGCACAGAUUCCAAAUUAAGGAGUAAUUUAAAUCGUCUUACUUUUGAAAUGUUCUUACAAUUUACAUACCAACAUAUACUUAUACUGGAAUUACGAAGUGCCAAUUACAUAGAGCAUGCGACAGGUAGUCCUUGACUUAAGACUACACCUCAAACCAGAAUUUCCAUUACUAAGCAAGGAGGUUGUUAAAUGAAUUGCACCAGAGUUUACAACCUUUCUUGGCAUGGUUGUUAAAAGAAUCUCAUGGUCAUUAAGCAAAUACAGCUUCUCCCACUGACUGCUUGUCAAAAGCCAACAAGGAAGAUUGCAAAUGGCAGCCAUGUGAGCCCAGUAUGCUACAACUGUCAUAAAUACAUGAUGGCAUUGGUUGCCAAGUUGACCUAAAUUUUAAUCUCAUGACUCUGAAAAUGCUGUGACAGCCAUAAGUGCAAGGACUAGUUUUAAGUUAAUUUUCAGUGUCAUUGUAACUUUGAAAAGUAACUUAAUGAAUGGUUGUAAGUCAAAGACCACCUGUAUCAGAUAUUUUCUGUAUUUAAUAUAUGAAAAAAAUCCAUAAUUUUUAGGUAUAUAUUUGUGCAUCUGAAAUAUAGUUCUUACUGGUUUGGAAAACUAAAAAAGUGCAUCCACUUAAAACAAUAGCUAUUGCGGCUUGGCUACAAAUAUUGUUCUAUUUCUAGAAAUACAUGACAACUGAGUUCAAAGCUACCCAAAAUCUGGAAAGCUUUGAAA